AGCCGUUGAAGGAAAUGAGAAAAUUAUUUCCCCUCAGUAAGGACUGCUAGGGCAUUUCCUCACCUCUUUGCUCGUUUUAUAAAGCUUAUUGUCUCAGCUCAUAAGAUUAUUAGUUGAAUACAAACUUUGACUUGUCGUUCGACGACAAUGUCAUGUGGUUUUCACGGUUAUUUUACUAAGGACAAUGCAGCACAGCACUGUUGAUUUGCCUUAGAGUCCCGUGUUGCGGCGGCCCACAUAACGGCGCAUGGAUGUUACCGGCAGAUGACAAGACGUUUCCUCGGUAGCCUAUAUUACUGCUGUGUGGAGCACAGAGGACACCUCUCCUCUGUGAUAGCAACACUCCUGAUGUCCUCUACAAGCGACCCAGAGCAAGAUGAAACCAGCAAACCAUCAGGUGGUGGCAGGACUCUUGCUUUGACUGUUUGCUCUGCUGCCAUUGGAGGCACCUUCCAGUAUGGAUACAACAUCUCAAUUAUCAAUUCACCUACCAGCUACAUCCAGGUUUUCAUCAAUGAUACCUACGUGAAGCGCUGGGGCACUGGCCUGGAGACUCCCCAGGUGACACUGGUGUGGACUCUGAUAGUGUCAGCUUUCUCACUGGGGGGUUUGCUUGGUGCCCUGUUAGCAGGACCUCUGGCGGUCCGCUUUGGAAGGAAGAACUCACUGCUUCUAAACAAUUCCUUCUUGUUUGCCGGUGCUGUGCUUGUGCUGACAUGCAGGAUGGCUGAAUCGUUUGAGAUGCUCAUCUGUGCUCGUUUUCUGGUGGGGAUGAACUCAGGGGUCAGUAUGAAUGUUCAACCCAUGUAUUUUGGGGAAAGUGCCCCAAAACACCUCAGAGGAGCUACCGCUUUUUCAUCUGCUGUCUUUACUGCGUUCGGGAUCUUCUUGGGUCAAGUUGUGGGACUCACCGAAGUUCUGGGUGCAGAGCCUCUUUGGCCCUACUUGCUGGCUAGUAAUGCUUUGCCAGGGUUGAUCCAGCUUCUUACCCUACCCUGGUUCCCUGAAAGCCCCAGGUACCUUCUCAUUGACCGGGGAGACAGGGAAGCAUGUGUCAAGGCGCUUCAAAGACUCCGGGGUGGGGAGGUCCCCGUCUCGGAGAUGGACGAGUUGCUUCAAGAGCAGCAGCUGCAAAAAUCGGCAGCCUUAAAUUCUGGAUCUGCAGCUUCCACAAGGACGCCCUGGUCCCUGUUUAAGAGUCGUGACCUGCGAUGCCAGCUCAGAACAGUCAUGGCAGCCAGUAGUGCCAUGAUGCUCUGUGGCAAUGACUCCAUCUAUUUCUAUGCCUCUUACAUCUUUCUCGAAGCAGGGAUCCCUCCAGAAAAAGUCCAGUACAUCACUAUUGGAACGGGGGCGUCAGAGUUUACAGCCUCCAUACUGAGUAACCUGCUGAUUGAACGUGUUGGCCGCCGGUACCUUCUUAUUGGAGGAUACUGCCUUAUGUCUUGCUGGUCUUUAGUCUUCACUAUAGCUCUUACCUUACAGAGCCACGGGGUGGCUGGGAUGCCCUACCUCAGCAUGGCAUGUGUUUUUGCCUACAUCCUCAGCUUUGGCUUGGGCCCUGCAGGAGUGACCGGGAUCUUGCCAGCGGAAAUAUUUGACCAGGCAUCUCGACCGGCAGCGUACAUGGUUGCCGGCUCGUUUAUGUGGAUCAGCCUGUUCUUGGUGGGAAUGCUGUUUCCCUUUAUAGUCGGCAGCCUGGGAAACAUCUGCUUUCUGCCAUUUAUGGCCGUGUGUGUGUUGUCUUCGGUGUUUUUAGGACUUACCUUACCAGAGACUAAGGGUAAGACGCUUUCUGAGAUUACUGCAGAGUUCGAUAAAAAGAAUGGAGUGAAAAGGGAGAAUCAAGACAUGCAGCUAGAUGACACCAUUGGGGAUCAGUACAAGUUGGGCAAAGCCGUCUCCUUUACUUCCCUUACACAAGAUCCAGACCACGACCCCGACCAAAAGAAUCAGGUAUGAAAUUUGAGGCCAACCAGUUACAGAUCUAAUUGAACACGUAGUGCCUUUGUAACAUCUUUAUGCACUGUCAGUGCUGAAUAGAUUACUUCACAUCGAAUACACAUGGAGUAAUCUAUCCAGUUGUCCUAUUUAUGAAAGAUGGUCAAUGGAUCAUUUCUUUAAGUUUUUUUUAUUUUUUUAUUGUAGUUUGGUCACACAUCGUUAACGACCCUGUGUUUAAGAUUAAAUAUAGUCUUGACUAGGGCUGGGAAAUAUGGACCAAAACUCAUAUCGAUACUGUUUAGCUGAAUGGCGAUACUCGAUAUGUGUUGA